AUUGUAUCCGACACUGAGACCCUCUCCCUCACUCCCUCACUCACUCGCUAUGGCGGAUUGCGGCGUUAUCACCUCCAAAACCGUCCUCCUCUUCCUCAGUCUGAUCUUCUGGGUUGCUGGGGCUGUGCUGACCUAUGUGGCGGCCGCAUUGCUCUCCACGUACAAGAACUACGCCAACUUCUUCCAUGACCAGUACACAGUGCUGCCGGCCUCGGUGAUCCUGGGGGUGGCUCUGCUCAUGUUCGGUAUCGGCAUCAUCGGCUGCUGCUCCACCCUGAAAGAGUCUCCCUGUGGUCUGGGGCUGUUCCUUUUCAUUCUCCUCCUGAUCUUCACUGCUGAGGUGACGGCCUUUGUGAUGGCGGUCAUCUUCAGGAAACAGGUACAUGAGGGUGUGGACGGCUCCAUGACCAUCGUCUUCAAGAAAUAUGAUGGGACGAACGCGGAUAGCCGGGCUGUGGAUUACCUGCAGAAAGAGAUGCAGUGCUGUGGAGUCAACAACUAUACGUACUGGCUGAGCACUGAGUGGUUUGCCAAGGCCAAUAACUACAGUGUCCCCAUCAGCUGCUGUAGAGCCUCGUUCUCUAACUGCACUGGCAGCUUAAACCACACAGAGCUGAUCAACACAAAGGGCUGUGAGAACAAACUGCAGAUGGGAUUGGAAUCCAUCCUUAGCUACGCCGUGCUGGUCAUCCUAGUAUUCGCCAUCAUUAAGUUUUUCGGGAUGAUCAGCAUCUGUGUGAUUGGCUGCCGACGGCGUCGGAACACUUACGAGCCACUCUCCUCGGGCCUGUACAGGGGCACUUACGCCUGAGGCCUCCUGCAGUGGGGGAUGGCUGCCAACAGAAUCAUUGAUGAAAGAAUCUCGCCAGCACUUUGCACUAGGUUAACUCGAUGUCAAUGUUCUCAGGCAUAUUGGGGCGGGCGGGGGGGGGGAGUGGUGUAAAGGUCACUGAUGGGUUUGGCGCUAAUAUGAAAAUCACGCUGACCAGAUGUCCAACUUAAAAUGUGUUUCUGUCAAAUCCAUUUUUUUUCUCUCUAUUUAGGUCUUCCCCUUCCCCUCCCUAUCCCCCCCCUCUCGCUCUCUCUCUCUUAUUCUAAGAUCCAGAUUCUCGAAAGGAAGCCGGCUGCUUGGUACUGAGUUUGAGCUAUAAUGCGCCUCCCCUCACCAACUGCAUUGACUGUACCUGACCACACACCACUCAAUGACUCCUUCCUACGCUUUCCAGAGCCCCUCCUGAGCAGAGUCUUCACCUCCCUCCCUCCCUCCGCAUCACAAAUAUUAGAUAGCUUGCUGUUCGCUCCUGAAGACACCAGACUGACUGACAGAAUUCUGCUUCUAUCCCAGUGAUGAAUUUUUGGCUGCUCUCAACACAACCAUUGAUUAAUUCUGUCACCACAACCAACCUGAAUGGAGAGAUUUCCUUCCUUUCUUUUCUCUUUCUACCCACCCCAACCCACCCCCGGUACUGAACCUGACCCAGCAAAUCGGCAAAUGUAAGUGAGGUCAUAACCUGGUCAAUUAAAGGGCAUAGUUCACGAAGUGGGGAUUUUUCAUCCAUUUAGGCACAUGGGGGGGGGGGUUGGAGGAUGGUCUGUCUUCAUGAAUAGCUCAGGGGUGGUUUGGAGUGGGGGGAAUGGAGGUUCAUAGCUCAACCAAGGAGCUCUGGGUCAAUGGACAACUCCCCCUCCCUGUUGGCGUAGUCUUGGGUGCCCUGGUGAUCCUGGUCUGGGAGCGGAGUGUGUACCAGUUGUGGCUGUGGCCCUCACGGCUGAGCUUCCUGGAGCGAUCACUCACUGCUCCUGGCACUGAGUAAUUGGGAGGUUCUGUGGCCAUUCUCUGAGGGAUAACUUAAGCUGGGAUGUCCUAUUGGGAGUUGCUCUGGUUUAGAGCAGGGUUGGGUACUGAUGCUAUCUGUUGCACAUCCUCUCCACGCGAAGUAGCUGAUCACUGACACUCACUCACCUGGAAUAAUUUCACUCUUUGUAACUAAUGCCAUGAUGAUUUGUGUGUUUAGCUUUUUAACUGCUUUUACAGAACCUGGAAUGACUGUGGUUGUGUUAAUAAUAAAAGUCUUGU